CAGUCACCAAGAUCACAUCUCAAAAUAUAUCAGGACCGGCAGAGUCAUGCUCAUCGCUGAUGUCCAGUUUCCUCUUAAAAUGGAAGUGGUCCUGAACGCUGCACUCACUGUGUUCACUGGCUUUUUUAGGGAAUCCAAGCAUUCAGCGGUGGUUGCGCCGAUUUUUAACCUGGACGAAGGAACACUCUUAAAAAUCUUUAGUUUCUUGUCUACUCAGGACUUGCUCCGUGCUUGUCGAGUGUGUAGCUUGUGGCAGAAACUGUCCUACGACUUACUGUUAUGGAAGACAACUGAUUUAAGGAGAUUUUCCACAUCUCUGGUCGACUCGGAAAAGUUUCAAGCACUGGCUGUCAACCGACUUGCCAAUAAAACACGAUGUCUGGAUUUAAGCGGGUUUUUACUUACAGAGGAUUCUCUACGAGUUCUCGCAACUCAUUGCAAAAAAUUACGUCAGUUGAAAUUGAAGAGCGUGACCUUUGCUGUAGAUCGCAAAAAAAUUCACAGCCAAGAGGAUGUGCUUUUCCCUCGUGACCUCGAAUGUCUUGACAUCCGAUUCUCGCAUGGCAACCCGCGCGUGUACCGCGCGAUUGGAAAAGUUCUCAGUAAAGUCAAAUGGCUAGGUCUUUCCGACGCCUUUUUUCAAAAUCUUCUAGCACAGGGAAAAAUGGAGGAAGCUAUCGACAGCAUGAAACAUUUGCGUAAACUUGACGUUAGUCACUGCUUGUUGCUCAAAGACAGCACUUUGGCUUUGUUUGCGCGCUGCAAGAAAUUGGAAGUACUUAGUGUUCGCAAAUGUUGCUUCCUCAGUGGGACUUUCGUUGACGAUAUUUUGGAUUCCUGUACAAAUCUCACGACGCUGAUCUUAGACGGGAUCAGCUUAGAGGACGAAACACUUGCCGAAAUCUCUUGGCGUAAUUCUUGUUUGAAACACCUCGAUUUAGGGUGGUGCCCUAUGGUCACCCCGAAGGGACUAAAGUGUUCCCUGCCCAGGAUUGCAAGAAUUAAGACAUUAGAAUACUUAGGACUUUGCGCUAUCGGGGAAGGAAAAGCAUUGAAUGAUGAUAUUCUUAUAAAUCUAGGAGCCAGUUUAUCAUGCUGGAGAUCCAAACAAUUGCCAGUAUUAAACGUAAGCCGUUCUCGAUCCUUAUCACAAGACGGGGUGGACGAAUUCAGCCGAUCGUGCAGUCCUGUGGAGAUGUUAGACACAACAGAUUGCCCUGCUAUAAAAUCACAUUCAACCCAAGUAGGAGAAGAGCACGAAAACGAUCACGAUAAUCAGAUUUUUCAUGAAAAUAAUGAAGUUGUUGAGAUUUCCGGAGAGGCAUGCGGAAAAGGAAAGAGAAGAAAGGGAUAUGUCAGUGCUGCGCAAUUUGCCAACAGCAAAUUUACAUUAGAAACUCCAGUCUAAGCUAAACCGGAUAAUUCUUAUACUCCUCUAUUCAAUUACAACUUUUGUUUGCCAUUAGAAUUAGGCCGCUAUGACCCUAAAACUAACAAUUAAUUUAGUAUUUUUCGCCAAAUAUUCUCAAAGGAAAAGUUGAGAGAAAGCAAGAUUCAGAUAGUUUAGGUUUAGGCGAUAACUUGUUUGUACCAACUUUUUGAAAGACUUUUUCUUAAACAGCUUUCACUGAUAAUUUUUAUCUCAGAUUUGUUUUCUCAUAAAUCAUUUUUUUGCGGGCAAACGCGUUUUACAGGUUUUACUUGUUUUUUUGAGAACAUCUUUCACGUUUGUCAAUGUGUCUUUGAAGGGGGCACCGUGAAAAUAUCAUCGCAUACUUAAGAAGGUUACGCACUUCCUGCCAAAAAUUAAUAGCUCACAGUUCAUAUGAUUGAGCGGAACCAGUUUUUGCGAUCUGAUGUCCGGUAUUUUAACAGUAUUUUAACUCCGCCUGGGUCGCCUUAAACUCUGUUGCUCCAUAUAGAGAUAUAUUUCACCUCGGCCUACCAUGCGAAUGCUCGAUCGAAAAGAACGAUCGUGAGUAUUGCGCGUGGCAUAUGAGCCUACGUUUACGCUGCCUCUCAGUUUUCUUGUGGGUAGCGCUCGAAGUGUUACGUGAGAUAACAAAACGAAUAUCGGCAAACAAAAUGACGAGCUAAUGACGAGACAGGACGUUGAGAUAUUGCUCAUAGUCGAUCUGGUCUGAUAUAACCUUUAAAUUUUUUUUACCCCUCUCUUUCUUCAACAAAGUAGAAGAUACGGUCUCACAGCAGUUAUAUGCUACUGAAAGGAUACGAUUUUUUGUCCCCAGUUUAGUUUAAGUUUAGCAAAAUAGGGUUAGUUUCAAUCUGCUAUAUCUAAAGCUUUGCCAGUUGAUCAUAUAC